AUGCUGUGCCCUUCUCGCGUCUUCCCGCUUCUCCUCAUCAUCGUGUUUUUCAUUAUGAUUGGAGUUUUGUUAAAGCCAAACGUAGAUCUUGCUCCCGGUUGGAAGGAUUUAAGUUCACAUGCAAAUUUGGCAGACUACAAAGUUAAAACUCACAAGGGUUAUGUUUCAAUGGAGGAGUUGAAUGAAAAUGUUUUCCAAAAGUUUGGCUAUGAGAUAAUCCGUCCGACGUACCCGGUCCCAACGCUGAAAAUGACACACGAGCCAACAUGUGACAACGUCUUCUCAGAAUGGAAGAGAAUUUUCAAGCUGCCACAGCCGGAUAUUCCAGUUGAUACAAUUCCAGCAGACCGGUUGGAAGAGUUCACUCUCUACAAUUACACCGCUUUAGGAUCGUUUUACAAAAACGACAAAAACUCAAAAGAAGGUGAAAGACCGAGAAAUUGGGAUAAACUUUCCGAGUUAAUCAAGAUGCCAAGACAACAACUGGGUGGUCUAGCAUAUGGUAAAGAUGGAGUAUCCAUGUUUGAUGCUAUGCAAGCUCACAGACUAGAUAACAUGAGCGGAGUUGUGAUUGGAAGUAUGCAGCCUUGGGUUGAAGUGUCUGCUCUUCGGAGUGGUGUAUCAAAGGUGCUGACAGUUGAAUAUAACAAUCUAACCAUUCAAGAAGAGUUCAAGAACCGGAUGUCUGCAAUUCUCCCAAUCGAUUUUGUUACGAACUGGCAUCAAUACGCCGGAAAAUUUGAUUUUGCCGCUUCCUUCUCAUCUAUCGAGCAUUCUGGAUUAGGUAGAUACGGUGACCCAAUGGAUCCUAUCGGUGAUAUCAGGGAGAUGCUGAAAAUCAAGUGUGUCUUGAAGCCAGGAGGUCUGCUGUUUAUCGGGUUCCCAUUGGGCACUGAUGCUAUUCAAUUUAAUGCUCAUAGAAUCUACGGCUCAAUCCGUCUUGCAAUGAUGAUGUAUGGAUUCGAAUGGAUCGAUACAUUCUCUGGAGACUCUGAACAACCAAAUGAUCUCACAUCUGAGCGGCUUCAUGCAGCACCCCUGUUUGGAUUGGUUCAGAACACUCUUGUUUUGAGGAAGAUUUAA